CCCUGACGUACACCCCCCCCCGCGGCGUGAGGCCGGCUGCGGCCGUUGGCUGUUAGCGAGGCUUGGGCGGUUGUCUGGGAGAAUCGAGAUGGCGGCGACGGCGGCCGCGGUAGCUGCUGAGGAGGACACGGAGCUGCGGGACCUGCUGGUGCAGACGCUGGAGAACAGCGGCGCCCUGAACCGCAUCAAGGCUGAACUCCGCGCAGCUGUGUUUUUAGCACUAGAGGAGCAAGAAAAAGUAGAGAACAAAACUCCUUUAGUCAAUGAGAGCCUGAAAAAAUUUUUAAAUACAAAAGAUGGUCGUUUAGUGGCAAGUCUUGUUGCAGAAUUUCUUCAGUUUUUUAACCUUGACUUUACCUUGGCUGUUUUUCAACCUGAAACUAGCACAUUUCAAGGUCUUGAAGGGCGAGAGAAUCUAGCCCGAGAUUUAGGUAUCAUUGAGGCAGAAGGUACUGUGGGUGGACCGUUACUAUUAGAAGUGAUUAGACGCUGUCAACAGAAAGAGAAAGGGUCUGCCAGUGGGGAAGGUGCUCUGAGUCUUUCUGAUGUACAUUCUCCACCAAAGUCACCAGAAGGAAAAACAAGUACACACACAACCUCUAGUAAGUACUGGGGAUUGAACUCAGGACCUUGCGCUUGUGAGAUACCAAGGUAUAAAGGACAAGGUAAGAAGAAGACAAGCGGGCAGAAGUCUGGUGACAAGAAGGCCAACAGUGAGGCUAGUCAAAGUGAUACAGCUAUCUCUUCAUCAGAACCAAAGAGCAAAAGCAGCCUGCACUCACUAACGCAUGAAACAAAAAUUGGAUCUUUUUUAAGCACCCCCACUUUAGAUGUCAGUGAAAAAGCUGGCCUUUGUCCAGAUGAAGAUGAUAUGGAAGGAGAUUCUUUCUUUGAUGAUCCCAUUCCUAAACCAGAAAAAACUUAUGGUUGGAGAAGUGAACCUAGGAAGCAAGCAGGAAGUCUGGCCUCACUUUCAGAUGCUCCCCCCUUAAAGAGUGGACUCACCUCUCUGGCAGGAGCCCCCUCAUUAAAAGAUCCUGAGAAUAAAACGGGAAGUACAGUUUUGAAAGAUCUGAAAUUGGUCAGUGAUAAAAUCAGAUCACUUGGAUUAGGGACUGGAGAAGAAGACUAUGUUGAUGACUUUAAUAGUGCCACCCAUCACUCAGAAAAAAGUGAGCUAAGUAUUGGUGAAGAGAUUGAAGAAGAUCUUUCAGUGGGAGUAGAUGACAUCAAUAACAGCGACAAAGUAUGGUGUUACACAUUUCUCAUAAAAGGCCCAUUUGUUGAUUUCCUGUGAGGCUUUUGAAAUUUAUACUAAGUAGUAGAAAAACAGCUUGAUGACCUCACACAAGACCUCACUGUUUCCCAGCUCAGUGAUGUUGCGGAUUAUCUGGAAGAUGUCGCAUAGACCUGAAGAGAAAGUAUUCUAAUUAACAAAGGACUCCUCAACUCCACUUUGGGUUUGUUUUUUUUUUGGACAAUCAAUCUUUGCUGCACCCUAUCGGUGCCUUGCAUUGCAAAAAGACUGCAGAUUUUUAAAAAAAUAACUUUCUGUUUACUAAACAAAAUGUGUCCUAUGUGAGUCAAUGUGUGGAAGAUUUAAUAUUCUUAAUUUGGUUUAGCUAUACAUUUCUCUGUGUAAAUUGAUUAUCUAACUCAAGUUUAGUACAGGGAGGAAAUCCAUGAAAACAUCAGUGUUAAGGUCAUGAAAGGUUUGGUUGGGAAUUUAGCUCAGUGGUAGAGGCCCUGGAUUUGGUUCUAAAACAGUGUUUAAAAAGCAUGAAAGGUGUCAGUGAAGAUGUAGAUUUGCACAUCCCUGCAUGUGUGCUGCUGCUGAUAUACAUGAUCUUUGAGAACCAUAGCUUCAGCCAUCUGACAGCAAAGCCUACCUACUUAGUGUAUUUUUUUUAUGAUAUUCACUCCAUAUUCUUUAAUAUGUACGUUUUCUUGCAUUGUGAUUUUUGUUUUUCAUUUGAAUAUUUUAAAAUGUCAGGAUUUAUAUGACUCAGAAGGCCUCUUUGCUUCCUUUUUGUGACAUUUUUCUUGAUGGGAAGGAGAUAAAAGUAACGCAAUAAAAGAGCAUAAAAAUGUCCAGAUGCCCUGGAAAGGGAGGGGACAGUCCAAGUCCAGUGUUUCCUUCUAAACUGUAGCAUGCUAUGACUUCCCAUAUUCUGAUUCCACGUGGGCUUUCAGCAGUCAUUAUAAGAUCCCAGGAAACAGUACCUGGGUAGGACAUAGAGGAUGACGCAGACAAGUGGUAUUCUUCCAACACCACAAAAUUGGCUUCUUAAAAAUAUAUAAAACUUUGAGUUUUUUUUAAAAAAAGCUAGGGCCGGGGAUUUAGCUCAGUGGUUCUGCUGCCUGCCUCACAAGUGCAAGGACCCAAGUUUGAUCCCUGGUACCAAAAAAAAAAAAAGUAAAUUAACACAUGGCUUCUGGUUCCUGUCCUUCACAUUAGAGGAAACAGUGAGACAGCAACCAACUGCUUGGUCAUUAUGCUGAUUACAGUGUUGAUCUAGCCAGCUGUAUUUUGUUUUCUUUAAUCACAGCUUGCUUGGCAAAUUCAUUAGGAUUAAGUCCCAAGUUCUCUUUUAAUUUAUUGAGUUCAAAAUCAUGGAGAAUCCUCAUAGUCAUUAACUUUUCUCAUCUGAGUCUGUCCAUAACAUCUUUUGGAACAUCAGGUAUCAUCCAGGCCAACAAAAAUAUGACAAGAAACACAGUGUGUUCCAUAAUUAUGAUGAAUGCCAUCUUGAGGGCAAGGACUUCCCAGAAUUGCAUAUUAUAAAUGUAUUUAUUCUCAUCUCCAGGAGGAUUUCUGUAAUCUUUGUACCUGCAAGUGAUGAUCCAAAGGUAUAGUGUGGUUUGGAAAAUCUACUGUUAGGAAUAUUGAUAAGCUGUUAUUGACACAUCCAUUCAAAAGCUGUGUGGUAUUUGUUGAGUAGGCAUAGUAAUAAACAGGGAAUGAUGUCUGAUGUAAAUGUAAUAGUAAAAGCAUUAGUUACAACAGAAUGGUCAACCAUUCCAGAAAGACUGUCUUGCCAAACACCUGUGCUAUGAGCUUUAGCAGCUGCAGGUCUCCUGCACUGAGUAGCAAGUUGACAGGCAUCUACCUGGAUCUUUACAUUAUUUAAGAGAGCAAAAAGAGGAGCAAAGGAAAAGAGCCACAAAUAGUAUGACAAAUCCAAACUAUUUCUAAGUAGUCAUAGAAUAACCCAGGUUGUCCAAAACUUACAAGGUUGUGAUUGUGCUCUCAGUGACUGAGCAUUGGUCUGAGACUUUUGACAUCUUCACCAAUUAAAAACCAAGGGAUAAAUAGCUUCCUUAAUGUUUGUGAAAAUCUACUUCCCCAUCAUGAUGGUCAACUGGAUUGUCGGUUCUAUUAGCCUCUAGGAUCCCUCUCUUCACUUCUCUGGAAACAUAUUUUCCAGAUUAGCCCAUAAACUUCCCUUUAAAGAAGGCUACAUAGAAACAAGAGAAUUAAAAUUUUACAAACUUAAACAAGAAUGUUUUCAAAGUAAGACUGCUCUCAUAUUUCUGUUAAGUUUGAGAAAAUUCCAUGUAGCUAUAAUCCACGCAGCUGUCUUUUCAUAAAAGAAAUUCAGGAUCAAGAUGACAGUAAAGUUCAAGCAUGAUCCUGUGUAGCUAACUGGGGAGUAAAGAUCAUUUUGACCUCCUGUAAAGGUGCUUCACUUUCCAUGACAUUUCCUUUGCAAAUGUAGCAAAGACUGACAAGUGGUACAUGAUUAUAGCUGCCAUACUGGUGACAAGAACCGUCCAUAAUGUCACUGUGGAUCCUGCUAAGAAGUACCAUGGAAUAUGACUACAUAAAAGCAUGUAAGGUUCCAUCUCCUCGGUCACUGCAUUCAUUUUCCUGUGUUUACAAAUGGCUUCAAACUCGGAUCUCAGCUGGUGUUGCUGCUGCUUCUCAGUGUCUUCCAGAUUCUACUCUUACCCCAUUCUGGAUAAUUACUUUUUCCAAAACUCCAAAACCAAUGUGAAAACCUGGGUGUGUUGCCAAAUUGUAAGAUUUCUUGAUCAUCUGUUCUCUCUGAAUGUAGACUGAAUAUUUGAAAGGACACUCUUGACUCAUUAUCAGGUAAAUGGGAAACUUUGAAGCCAAACAGGUGGUAUUUAGUCUCCAGUAACCACAUACUUGAUCACAGAGUGGACAUAUGAUCAUCUGACCUCCAGCGUUAGGGUCACAGAUUUCAAUGCUAUUUGGGUUACUGUGCAUUUAUAAUAAGCCAUGAAUAAAAUGCAGCUAUGCCAACCACGUCUUCAAUGAACAGCAUUUCUGUGUAAAAUCCGAGAAAGGCAAAAUAGCUGUUUUUCCUCCAUUAAUAAUCCCUAGUCAAAUCCAAAGGCUGCUCCUUGUAAAAAUAGGAAAACCAAGCCAGCCAAGUUCACGUGAAGUAUGUACCUUUCAUUGACAGGAUUGAGAGGUAUUGGCCUUGUUCUGUGAAGACCUCCUCCCAGCCUCGCGACAGGUCUGAGUGGAUCUUUGUCCUUAGUUGACAGGCUUGCCAGUGUACAGGUGCACCCAUAUUGUGCACCACAGCUAGCUACUUUCAUUAGUCUCAGACCUUGCAUGAUUCAGCUGGCUCCAGGCAGAAGCAGCAUGGUGGAAGGAACUGGUGGAGAAAAGCAUUUCAUGACAUGGUGUCCAAGAAGCAGAAGCUCACUUAGUGUAUUUUGGUACAGGGUAGUUCUGCACAUAGCAAAAUAACCUUGUAAGUUUGUGAUAUAAGUUAAAUCUGUUGUGUCAAUUUUAUUUUGUAUUUCCUUCCAUUUGGGAGGUUUGUUAAACCAUUAAGUUUAUAUUAAAGUACUCUGUGUGUGCUGCUUUUGCUUGAUUUAAAGAGAUCUAAACCUAAUUAAGACUUGUAGUUCAUAGAAUUGCCAAUAACACUUAAUAUUUAUGGUCACUCCUAUUCUGUUGUAAGCAGCUUUAGUCACAAGCUCUCUUCACAUAAUUUAUUAUUUGUAAAGAUGCCUUGAAAUAUUAAGUACCAAAAUGCAUCUGAAACCAUUAAGUAAUGCUUUUAUUUCAGAUCUGUGAUUAUAUUUAAAUCCAAAUUGGAAUGAAAUGGUAGUAAUGGCCUAAGACCGUACAAAUUCAAUCUAACAAGCUUUAUAUACUGUACAUAACUUCAUUGUAACCCUUUAAAAACAGACCAUAUUAGAAUUUUCAGCAGUCUCAUUCAUUGUGCUACUGUGAUGUAGGUCGCUGACAUUUGUAAUGCUGUCUUUAAUAGGAGAACCAAUUGAAAAUGAUACAUGUAUAUUCAUAUAAAUAUUUGUAAAGUUAUGCUUAUGUUAAUUUUUAUACUUUUUAAUUUCAAUUGAGUUUUUUGUUAAAGUUACCAUUAAUAAAAAAAGCAAAAUUAGA